UGUGAGGCUUUCCUCUUGAUUAGGUUGUCACUGUCCUGUUGCCGGUUGCAUCAGCUGCUGCAGUGCCGGGUUGUCGGAAUGUCGGAGAACGUGGCGGCGCAGAUGGAGAAGAUGAGUGUCAGCAAGCCCAAUCCAGAAGGAGGGAAACAGAAGGAAGGAGGCAAGAAGAAAGGCAAGGAUGGAUCUGGUGAUGGAGCCCGGGCAGAGUUGAAUCCGUGGCCUGAGUACAUCAACCAGAGACUGGAGAUCUAUAACAAACUAAAAGCGGAGCAUGACGCCCUUCUGGCAGAGAGGGCCGCAAAGAACAGCAAGCCCAUAAAGGUGACUUUACCGGAUGGGAAGCAAGUGGAUGCAGAGUCCUGGAAGACCACCCCAUACCAAAUAGCUGCUGGCAUCAGCCAAGGCCUUGCUGAUAACACAGUUGUCGCAAAGGUGAAUAAUGUGGUUUGGGACCUGGAUCGCCCUUUGGAAGAGGACAGUUCAUUGGCACUGCUGAAAUUUGAUGAUGAAGAGGCCCAGGCGGUAUACUGGCAUUCCAGCGCGCACAUUAUGGGAGAAGCUAUGGAACGGGUGUAUGGUGGAUGCUUAUGCUACGGGCCUCCUAUUGAAAAUGGGUUUUAUUAUGACAUGUUUCUGGAUGAGGGUGGGGUUUCCAGCAACGACUUCACCGGCUUGGAAAAUCUGUGUAAAAAGAUCAUGAAGGAGAAGCAGCAGUUUGAGAGGUUGGAGAUCUCCAAAGAAACACUUCUGGAGAUGUUUAAGUACAACAAGUUCAAGUGCAGAAUCUUGAACGAGAAAGUGGACACUCCAACAACCACAGUAUACAGAUGUGGCCCCUUAAUCGAUCUUUGCAGAGGACCCCAUGUGAGGCACACUGGAAAGAUUAAGGCUUUCAAGAUACACAAGAACUCUUCCACCUACUGGGAAGGGAAGGCUGAUAUGGAAACCCUGCAGAGAAUUUAUGGAAUUUCAUUUCCCGACCCGAAAAUGCUAAAAGAAUGGGAAAAGUUCCAGGAAGAAGCCAAGAACAGAGACCACCGGAAAAUUGGCAGGGACCAGGAGCUGUUUUUCUUCCAUGAGCUGAGUCCCGGGAGUUGUUUCUUCCUGCCCAAGGGAGCGUUCAUCUAUAACCAGCUGAUUAACUUCAUCAGACAAGAGUAUAGGAAAAGGGGCUUCCAAGAGGUGGUCACCCCGAACGUGUAUAACAGCAAGCUGUGGCAGACAUCCGGACACUGGCAGCAUUACAGUGAAAACAUGUUCUCAUUUGAAGUAGAGAAGGAGAUCUUUGCGCUGAAGCCUAUGAACUGCCCAGGACACUGUUUGAUGUUUGACAACCGGCCUCGUUCCUGGAGGGAGCUGCCACUGAGAAUGGCCGACUUUGGAGUUCUACACCGCAAUGAACUGUCUGGUGCCCUCACAGGACUGACUCGAGUCAGGCGCUUCCAGCAAGACGAUGCCCAUAUUUUCUGUGCCAUGGAACAGAUUGAAGGAGAGAUAAUGAGCUGUCUGGAUUUCCUGAGGUCCGUCUACAAUGCCUUUGGUUUUACUUUCAAAUUAAACCUUUCCACCCGCCCAGAGAAGUACCUCGGUGACGUUGAAGUUUGGAAUCAGGCUGAGAAGCAACUUGAAAACAGUUUGAAUGAAUUUGGAGAGAAGUGGGUCCUGAAUCCUGGUGAUGGAGCUUUCUAUGGACCAAAGAUCGAUAUCCAGAUUAAAGAUGCUAUCGGCCGAUACCAUCAGUGUGCCACAAUUCAGUUGGAUUUCCAGCUCCCCAUUAGGUUCAAUCUGACCUACGUCAGCCCUGAUUGCGAUGAUAAGAAGAGGCCGGUUAUCAUUCACCGCGCUAUUCUGGGAUCUGUGGAACGCAUGAUUGCUAUUCUGACAGAGAACUAUGGAGGAAAAUGGCCUCUGUGGCUUUCUCCGCAGCAAGUGAUGGUGGUGCCUGUGGGGCCGACAUGCGAGGAGUACGCCCAAAAGGUCAAGGAUCAGUUCCACCAUGCAGGCUUCAUGGCAGAGGUAGACCUCGAUCCAGGCUCCACUCUCAAUAAGAAGAUCCGAAACGCACAGCUUGCGCAGUAUAAUUUCAUUCUUGUGGUCGGCGAGAAAGAGAAAACCAGCGGAACAGUAAACAUCCGCACACGAGAUAACAAAGUGCACGGUGAACGCACAGUCGCUGAAUCCAUCGAGAGGCUCCUCCAGCUGAAAGAAUCCAGAUGUAAGAACGCUGAAGAGGAAUUUUAAACCUUCCUUCCUCAGCCAGCCCUGUGCAAGGAAUAACCGCUUUACAAUGCAGUGCUAGAAGAUGAGCCAAACAAAACAAAGAAGUCCAUUAAUUUAUGUCUUGUGCUCAUUAGGGAUGUAUCUCUCAGGGGACAGUUCUAUUUUUAUGCUCUGGAUUUUUGACACUUUUUCACCUAGUAGAUCGUUUUGUUUUAUAUAUUAUAAUGUCCAAUUUUGUCAUCCUGUCCUUGUAUGUCUUCUUGGAUCCCUGACUCCCCGUGGAUUAUUUCCAAAUGAUUGUCCGGGAAAAUGCUUCCCAGGAGAAUCUGCUUUUAAUGAAAGAAUCGGAAGCUUGGCGAACAAUGGUUUGAUAAUGUUACAAAAGUUAGAACAAAUUCUUGCUGGGAGGAGAUGGCGAGGCUUCAAAUCUACUGCGCAUGUUCAAUA